UGAAAGGUUGAGUCGCUGAGUGGGGUCCUCUGUCCCAUCGUCUCUUAUAACAGGAAGAUUGAAGUCGAAGGUGGUUGGCCAAGAUGCCAGAAGAGAUGGCGGACGGUGGGAGGAAGCUUGUGACGCUCGAUGACCUCAUCGAUGCCCUAGACAAGCGCGAGAGGGCGCCGAGCAACGCCCCAAAGGUCGAGACAUUCCACGUCAAAGGGGAUCGGGUAUGUGAAUGGAUGGAUCUGACAGAGCAGGCGUUGGUGGGACUGUCAGAUGAGGUCAAGCUCCAGCGGGUCCUGAGGUAUGUCCUGCAUAGCCACCAUCGGGAAGUAACUAAGGUUGUGGAUGCCGCCGGUGGCAGUUGGACAAAGUUUGGGGACCUAAUGCGAAGGAAGUACAGGCUGGGAGACGGCUUGUUGACCAUGGCCGACUUGGAGGCCAUGAAUAAGGAAGAUUUCUCUACCAUUCGGGCGUUCCUGCACGAGUUCAAGAAAAAGGCGAGGAAAGUGCACGGGAUCUCCGAGGAGGCGCAAUGCGCUAUAUUUUUGGGGCUGCUCACAGGCUCGGAAGCCACAGAGCUGACGAAGUAUGGGGAAGGAAGCGAGAGGCUCACCUGGGCAACCAUUGACAAGGGAGUGGAAGAAGGGAGUCUAGACCAGGUGGAGCAACACCAAAUGAGGUUGCAAAGGCGCAAGAGGAAGGAGAGGGAUGCUACUGUAUCCGGGACCCCGGGGGUGAAGAGAAUUGUCACGGACGUAUUGGCGGCACUAGGGUACGACAAUGAAGCAGAGAUACAAAAGAGAGGGGUGCCAAUGGCCCAAGGCCGGGUGUUAGGGGCAGUAGAUGAGGAGGCCGGGCAAGAAGACUAUGGCGGAGGGGAGACAGUUCGACUGGAGGAGGGCUUUGACGUGGAGCGAAUGGUGGACAAGCUCCCGGAGGACCAUAACGAUCUGAUGAAUUUAAAGGACAUUUUGGCCUCGGCACCAAGGCUCCAUGGCGAGCUGAAAGGGUGGCUCUCGCGAAGGUUAGUGGCCAAUGUCCACCUGAGCUCAAUUCUGCCCAGGGAGAUAGAGUGGACAGAGGCGGGCACUAGGAUGGAUUUGAAAUGUGUGGCGUGUGGGUUGGUGGACUUGAAGGUGAGGGACCAGCCGAGCAUCGCAAUGGUGGACACGGGCGCGAAGAUGAAUAUCAUCCGGGAGCGGGACGCGACGAUGUUAGGGCUAGAAGUUGACCAUUCGGACCAUGGUGUGCUGCACGACGCCAACUGCAAGGCUAUUUUCUGCGGCACUACGUCUAAUGUGAUGGUGGAGAUCGGGAGAGUAAGGGCACGAACGUGCUUCUUCGUCAUGCCCGACGUCGACCACCCUAUUCUUUUGGGGAGGUCGUUCCUCUGUCGAACAGAGACCUUGGUCUUCAAUAGGCAUGAGGGAACGAUGAUCCUGGCCCUAUCUGAUCCGGCCUGCGGGAAUUACGAGAUCAUCAAGUGCCAGAACACAGGGCCCGGAAAUGCGAGAAACAGGCUCAACCUCGGCUCCUUCACUUUUGAGGGGUCUGAGUAUGCGCGACGGAGGCUCCGGGAGGAGCAGGAGGAGGAAGGAGCAGGUGAGGUAUUGUCCCUGAGCCUUAAUGAUGUAAAUAAUAAGGCAAUGGAGGUGGUGACGGCGCAUGAUAUGGCGGACCCUGAGGCCAUAAAGGCGUUGAGAGAGCAGGUCCUAGAAAGCCCUCAGGGGAACUUUAGCCAGAGGAGCGCCGCGAGUUCAGAGGAGGGCGAGCUUCUUAUUCCUGAGGGAGACAUCAGGGAGGCCUUCCGAGCUGAGGAGUAUGAUGGGAUUUAUCCGGAGUUGGGGUUACUCUUGUCGUGCGAAAUGAGGGAUAGGGACGCGAGCGCCAAAGUCCAGAAGAUAAGGCAUCUCUACGUGGUAAGAGAUGACCACCUAUUUAUAAAGCGACAAGUUGGAAACCCCAAGAGGAUCGUAUGUGGAAGGAACCGGCAGAUCGAUGUCAUAGCAGCCUUGCACGAUGGUAUAGCAGGGGGGCAUAGAGGGGUUAGUGCCACGUGCGCGAAGAUAAGCGAGUUCUACAAUUGGGAUGGAAUGCUGACUAUGGUCAUCAAGUACUGCCAGUCCUGUGUAACUUGCCAGCAGAGGUCGGCGCAAAGGCCUAGGAAGCCUCUGCACCCCAGACUGGAAAGGGAAGUGGGGGCAGUUGUACACGUGGACCUGUUGUUCAUGCCACUUGGGGAGGAUGGAAGUAACUAUAUCUUCGAUGCACGGGACAACCUUACUGGGUUUGUGGACGGUCGGGCUAUCCGCACAAAAACUGGCCCAGUUUUAGCAAGGUCUGACUUUUCGAAGGCAGUCAUGCAGAGGGGCGGGAGGGACACUUGGCCACGCCAGGGGCCCCAGAGGAUGGAGGGAAGAGGCGAGCAGAAUGAGCCGCCUAGGAGGGAGCCUACGCCUGAGUUUGAUGAUGACAACAUUGAGCUCUGCUUGGAUGUAUAUUGGGACCAUGCGGCACAGAGAAGGUGGUCAGUGGCGGAGAGGAUUCACCACUUGAGGGGCAUAGGGCGGUUCGAGGAGCCUGUCGCUCAGAUAUGUGAGGAGGCCCUGACUUGGCCAGACGUGGAGGCCAGGAUGCAGCGGUUGAGAGCUUCCCCUAGGGGGCGUGAUGGCAUGCCCAUUCGAUUGGAGGAGGGGAACGUAGAUGAGUUCAUCCCCGCAUAUGAGCACUACAUGUUGAGUCUGGGGGUUGCGCAGGGGGAAUGGGUGCAGGCCCUACUUAUAUGGACGAGGCGGGCAGAGAAGCAGGCGGUCAAACAGAUUCAAGAGAGGGCUCGAGACUGGGAGGACUGUCAGGCCCAGCUUAGGAGGGCGUUCGGACGGCCACAGCACGAGAGGCACGAGCCCAGAGUUGAGAGGCAGUGGCGAAGCAAGAGGCCAAGGGAACCGGCACCGAGAGAGGCGGGGCUGGCCAGAGAGGGGAGGGGAGCCUCGGCCCAGCGGGAGGAUGAGCCCGUAGAGGCCGCAUUGGCAAGGGAGUCAUUCCCCGCUUGUGGCCUCCGGGCGGUUGAGUUUCGACGGAUUACGAGCGAGGGGUUGAGGCCGCCCUUGCCAUUGCCAUCAACGCAGGAGCUGGACAUACCAAGAGAGACGCCAUUCCGGAGCUUGGCGACGCAUCUUGAUGUAUCCCAAUGGGAGGCCUCACGGCUGGGAGGGGGCUCAGUUGAGCCGGCGUGCGACGUGCUAUUGGAGGAGCCCCUCGACCCUGAGAUGGAGACUGACAUGCGAGACCGAGAGGAGCCACAUGACCCUGAGAUGGCAGCCGAGCGGCCGGAUCCGGUACGACCUCAGGGGAGAGAGGUGAUCACGGUUGGGGACGAUACCCCUCCAUGCUCCCCAGCUCCAGAGUCAGCACAACAUUCAUGGCCAGAGGGGAUUCCUGAUCCAGGCGGCGAGGAGAUCCCGGAGUUUCCCCCUGAGGCCACCGCUAUACCUGAGCAGGAGGCAGAGGCGGAGAACCAGGGUGUGUGUGAGAGAGCGAGGAUGGAGGCGCCCCUUGACUUGCCAUCGGCCACGCAGGCGACCAAGAGCCUGGACAUCGAGGAGCCCGUUUCAGCAGAGUUACCGCCAGUAGUGCCGCGCGCGAGCAUUGGGAUGGAGGCGGAGGCAUCGACUCCAGGAGACCAGGGGCCGCGAAUGGGAGGAACCCCAAGAGAGACCCGCGAAGAGAAACAGGCUGAGAUGGAGGCGGCGGGGAUAAAGCCGACACCGCCGGUCGAGCCCAAGACGAGUGAGCAGAGGAUCGACGAGUUGUGGGCUAGGUAUGAGAGCCAGAGGGAUGCAGCCCGCCAGAGGUCACGAGAGGCAGGACAGGCGGACGAGGAGAUGAGUGAGCUGAGAGAGAUGGGGGACUUGGGGUUCUCCGCGACCAGGCAGGCAAUUGAGCGCAUGGAUCGGAGGGUAUGCGCGACGACAGUCACAUCUUUCCAGUGGUAUUAUCUACUCAGCAAUGAGCUCAGGGUUAAGGAGCUGGAGGUAGAGCACCUGACUACUCAGCUUGCCGAGGAGAGGGCGAGGAGUCAAGCUAGAGAGGUUGAAUGGGAGAGGAGAUUUGGGGAGAUGACAGCCGCUGUGGAUAGGCUCUCGGUAGCCUGGGAGGCGAGCCAGAUGGGGCGAGCCGGUGCCGAUGGCGAGGGGCGAGCCGGUGCCGAUGGCGAGGGCCGAGGGGUGCAGGCUUCUCCAGGUCAAGGAGCAGCGGUGGAGGUCCCUCGACAAGCCGAGCCAAUGGAGGAGGCGCCCUUGGACGCAGUCGAGGAGGAGGGUGGCGCCCAAGAGUCGCUUAUGGCUAUGUUCACGGAGAGGAGAGGUUCACGCUUGCAUGAGCUGGCGACAACCAUAGGGAUAGGCACUCCACAGGAGGGGCCUCAGGGACUCGACGCUCCAGAGCAUGUCCCGAGGUUGGGGGAGUUGAGGGCGGAGCUGGGGUCCUGGGCCACGGAGACGGACUCAGGAGGGCCCGACUCGCGGCAGCAGCAGCAGCAGCAGGAGGUCAUGAGUGAGCCCACCACCAUGGUGGGCCCUCAGCCGUCGGAAUUAUGUGGGGAUGAGGUGGUGGUGGAGAUAGAGAGGGCUCAUGAGGAAGGACCCCGAGAGUUGGAUAUGCCAGACGACAGGCCAGGGAGCACCGUCGCACGAAGGGGUGGAGGUGCUGAGGCUAUGGAGCCCGGACCUCAGGGCCAUAUGGGAUCGUCCUCGUGUCAUGAGGUGACUACUGGGACCAUGGAAACGCCUUCGGCAUCGAGUUCACAAGGAAGAAAGAAGAAGACUGCCAGGUGGCACGAUACCUCCUGUUUUUGGUGCAAGGAGGGAGGGCAUAGAGCCGUGGACCGCCCAGAGCUCCUUGAGGAUAAGGCCGAGGGGCGAGUUGCGGAGGUCGACGACAAAUUCUAUGACAGACAGGGCAGGGUAGUGGAGCGAGCUCCAGAUGGGGGCGUGGCUCAGUUAUAUAGGCAGAACCGAGAGGAAUUAUGUAAGUAGGGAUCGGUCUGUCUAUAUAUUGAUAGGACUAGAGAUCCUUGACACACG